UAUAGUUUGUACCUUAACUGAUAUUAGAGAAUCGAAAAAAGACAUCUGUUAAUAUUUGACAAACUCAAGAUCACACAAUUAGCAUUCAGCAUCUGACGAUUGUUUCUGCAAAUUAAAACUGAACAGUGACAGUUGGGGGAAAUUUUGUAUACUUGUAACUAUUGUGGAUUAUUUGACAAGAAACAGGAUGAGUUUGGGUGUGGCCGGGUAUCACCAUCAAGGAUACCACCACCCGGGACCAAUGACACACGAUUUUUACCAAGCAUACCAACACAUGCCACGAUACUCAGACCACUGCACGGACGCCGCUUAUUUUCAGAACUGGGUCUUGAAUGGCCACCAUACUGAUAUACCGAUGCCGCCCGAUAUUUACGCAAUGGGUGGCACUCCGUCGUCGCCCGAGACUUAUACUCUUGGUGGGGUACAGUACGAACACUACAUAGAUAAAAAUGGGGACAGAAUUGUGAAAAGACGGGUGACCGCUAACAAAAAGGAAAGACGAAGAACACAAAGUAUUAACACUGCUUUUGCUCAGCUUAGAGGAUGUAUACCAAAUGUUCCAUCUGAUACAAAAUUGUCUAAAAUCAAAACAUUAAGACUUGCUACCAGUUAUAUCACUUAUCUCAUGGAUGUAUUAGCAAAAGAUGAUCCCACGUUGACGGAAAAUGGGUUUAAAGCGGAGCUAACGAAGAAAAGUGACAAAAAAGAAGAAAAGAAGACAGCCAUCAAAUCCGAACCAGUAAAUGGACAUUCUGGAGAGUGAUUCAGGUAGUGACAAAAGUGAUAAAAGUAAGGGACGAGGACGAACUGGUUGGCCUCAACAUGUCUGGGCCUCCGAGUUAAAACCGUGAAUUAUCAUUAGAUUUAGAUACGAUCAAUAGCAAUUCCAAGGAGGAUACGUGAAUUCCACAGGAAAUCCGGGUCUUAUGACAUGAAAUUCCGAAAAACCAAAUUUGACAGACAGGAAGUACUGCAAACGGAACUAUGUGAAUGUUAUUCGCUGAACAAAACAGGAUAUCCGGUCGAAUUUAAAGACAUUUCCGGUAAACGAUUACUUUCCAAUUUGUGUUUUGCAGCAUUUCUUUAAUUUUGUGAAUGAUUGUAGAACUAUUUAUCUGCAUAUAUGUGUGUGUGAGAAUUUGAGCAAUUAUCUAACAAACUUUUGUGAUACGGAAUUUAUUGCAUUACUUUAGGUUAUCGUAUUUUUACGAUAAAUCAAGUGGCAGUCUUCCAAGGUCAACUGUGACACGAUACCGAAAUCCGAACAAAACUUAUUCGUGCCAAAUUAAUGAUUGUUAUGUUGUUUUUCCUUAAAUAUUCAGAGAUGUUAUAAUUAUGAAAUACUCAAAUACAUGUUUUAUUGAAA